AUGAGUUUUGAUAUAAGCAGCUUUCUCAAAAAUGAGAUAACUAAAAAGACUGAGCAAUUGAAGUAUUCCACAAGACCUGAUGUGAGCACGGUCGUACAGGAUCCAAGUCAAGAUGAGACGGAUGUCAAAGAAGAAAGCCCAGAUGAUGAUUCCGACUCAGAGGGUGCGUCUGCGGGUGAUAAUGAAGAGCUUAUGCUUCAGCUAGAGAGAUUAAAGACGCGACCCACAAGAAUAAAUGAAACAAUCGAAAGAGAUGCGAAUUCCCCUACAACUAUUGAUGUGAUGAUGAUUGGCGUUCCUGAAAAAUUGAAAUAUGUAUCGCUCCAAUGUAACGGAUACAUUCACAAGCUUCUCGACGAAUGGGAAAUUUGCCGUGAUAAAUAUCACGGUGAGCUGCUGAUUGAUACAAAAAAAUGUCUUUUCCCCUUAUUGGUCCAGCUGCGGAAGGGUACAUUAGCUAAGGAUCUCGUUGUAUCCCUUGCAACAGUUCUUUAUCAUUUGCAGCAGUCCAAUCAGAACACGCGAGCGAUAGAAUCGUACAUGAAGCUCAGCAUUGGUAACAUUGCUUGGCCUAUUGGUGUUACGAGUAUUGGUAUUCAUGCAAGAAGUGCAAAUUCAAAAAUUCAAGGAGGAAAUGGACAGAUUGCAAACAUCAUGCUUGAUGAUAGGACAAGAUUAUGGAUUACAAGUAUUAAGAGAUUAAUAACGUUUAAGGAAUGGCUGGAUAAGCAUAUGAACGGCUGA